AUGAAGCUUCAUGUUGGUUGUCCAACUAAUGAUUUGGAUGUGACAACAACAUUUGUUGAAUGGAUUCUUAAAAUUGAUGAAUGUAAUAUUGGUGACCUUAAUGAUAGUGAAACCGAGGUUGAAUUUCCAGAAGACGUUGUUGUUCGCUUUACGGGUGACCAUUUUCAUUCAAUUGUAUCCAUCAUUUAUCCAUCCUUUGAAAACCAUCUUGAUAAUCCAUCAUAUUUUCAAGAUAAAACUAUUUUGGUCCCUACAAAUGAAAAAGUCGAUGAUAUUAAUGACUACAUGUUUGGAUUGAUGAAAGAUGAAAGGAAAACGUAUUUGAAUUCAGAUUCUUUAUGUGAGACAGAGUCACCAGAUAAAAGAGUCCCAUUUUGUUUUCAAUGGAGCAAUGUUGGAAAAAUAAUUGAUGAAUCGACAGAAAUCAUCACCCAAGUGGAGGAGCUUAAUGAUGUAUAA